UAUAAUUAAAAAUGAAGAUUGUAAUUUUGGCAGUGAUGCUUGCAUUUGCAUCUGCCAUUCAAACUAUGGCUCCAGUCACUCAUGAAGUUUACUUCGAUAUUGAUAUCAAUGGAAAAGAUGCUGGAAGGAUUACCAUCGGUCUCUUUGGUACUGUUGUGCCAGAAACUGUUCACAAUUUCGUAGAUAUUGCCGCAGGAACUGCUUUCGAUGAUGGACUCAGCUACACAGGAAAUCCAUUCCAUAGAAUUAUUAAAGGAUUCAUGGCCCAGGGAGGAGAUAUCACCAACCAAGACGGUACUGGUGGUAAAUCAAUCUUCGGAAAAAAGUUCCCAGAUGAAAACUUCAUCCUCAAGCAUGAUAGAGAUCAUGUAUUGUCUAUGGCCAACUCAGGAGCUGAUACUAAUGGAUCUCAAUUCUUCAUUACUUUCGAGAAGACUCCAUGGUUGAAUGGAAAGCAUGUAGUGUUCGGAGAAGUCUUGAGCGGAUUCGAAACUCUUCACAAAAUGGAAGCCAUGGGAUCACCAGAUGGAAAGCCAAAGAAGCCUGUAACUAUCAGAAAAUCUGGAGUGAUCGAUCAAUCUAGAGAUGGAAGAAGGUAAAUUCAAAUUCAUCUCUCAUUAAAAUCUCAGAAGAUUCAAUCAA